GUCACAGCAGCAGCGCACUGUAGAGACGGAGAAAGCUUCACAUCCAAACAAACUCAAACUCUUGUAGUUUGUUAUUUAUCUGCGCGUUUUCUUUGACUCGAGCAGGACGUUGUUCCGCGGGGUUUUGUGCAGAUUUGUGCGAUAUUCAAACAUGGGCAAAAGAAGCAGACAAAGACAGAAAAACCAACCUGGAGGAAGAGACGACAGAGACAACGCUGGCUGGGGCGCAGGUUACGCUGACAUUGUGAAAGAAAACAAACUUUUUGAGCAUUAUUACAAAGAACAGGGGCUUGUUCCUGAUGGAGAGUUUGAGCAGUUCAUGGAGGCCCUGAGGGAGCCCCUGCCUGCAACUAUACGCAUCACUGGAUACAAGAGCCACGCCAAAGAGAUCCUCCACUGUCUGAAGGACAAGUAUUUCAAAGACAUUCAGGACCUGGAGAUUGAUGGACAGAUGAUCGAAGCACCGCAGCCACUAAGUUGGUAUCCCGACGAGCAGGCCUGGCACACCAACAUGAGCAGGAAGAUCAUCCGGAAGUCACCGCUGCUGGAGAAGUUCCAUCAGUUUUUAGUCAGUGAGACCGAGUCUGGUAACAUCAGCAGACAAGAAGCUGUCAGUAUGAUUCCUCCUCUACUCAUGAAGAUCGAACCACAUCAUAAGAUUUUGGACAUGUGCGCUGCUCCGGGGUCGAAAACAGCCCAGCUCAUAGAGAUGCUGCACUCGGACAUGGACGUGCCUUUUCCUGAGGGUUUCGUUAUUGCCAAUGACGUGGAUAACAAACGCUGCUACCUGCUGGUGCAUCAGGCCAAGCGUCUGAACAGUCCGUGUAUUAUGGUCAUCAACCACGACGCUUCCUGUAUUCCCACUUUACACAUCACCGCCGACGGAAAAAGGGACAUCCUCUUUUAUGAUCGCAUCUUGUGUGACGUGCCCUGCAGUGGCGACGGCACAAUGAGGAAGAAUAUUGACGUUUGGAAGAAGUGGACCACGAGUAACAGCCUGCAUCUCCACGGACUCCAGCUGCGCAUUGCCGUACGUGGAGUGGAACAGCUGGCGGUAGGAGGCAGGAUGGUCUACUCCACCUGUUCUCUCAACCCCAUCGAGGACGAGGCCGUUAUCGCCGCCCUGCUGGAAAAGAGCGAAGGAUCUCUGGAGCUCGUCGACGCAUCAGCUGAUCUCCCAGGUCUCAAGUGGAUGCCUGGUGUCACCUCGUGGAAGCUCAUGACUAAAGACGGACAGUGGUUUUCAGACUGGGCCGCGGUUCCUACGAGUCGCCACACGCAGAUCAGACCGACCAUGUUCCCCCCGAAAGACGCAGAGAAGUUGGCCAACAUGCAUUUGGAGAGAUGUAUGCGGAUUCUGCCUCAUCAUCAGAACACGGGGGGUUUCUUUGUGGCUGUUCUGUUUAAGAAAGCACCAAUGCCAUGGAACAAAAGAUAUCCAAAGGUGAGGAAGGACGUCCCCACAGCCCCGUCCGCCCCCCCAGACUCGGACAAUUUCCCCGAGAGCUCUGUGGAUGACGGGGCGGAGACGACGGGGGACGCCCAGGCUGAAAACGAGGCGCCCAAAGGAGCUGAGGCGGCGGCGGCGGCCCAGGAGACCAGUGCUAAACAAGAUGGAGUGUGUGGACCUCCACCAAACAAGAAGAUGAAGCUUUUUGGAUACAAGGAAGACCCAUUUGUGUUUCUGACUGAAGACGACCCCGUGUUUACUACAAUACAAUCCUUUUACGACUUGUCUCCAGACUUUCCCAAACUGAACGUUUUAACCAGGACGCACGAAGGCAAGAAGAGGCAUCUGUACAUGGUGUCCAAGGAGCUGCGCAACGUUCUCCUCAACAACAGUGAGCGUAUGAAGGUCAUAAACACCGGAGUGAAGGUGUGGUCUCGCAACAGUGACGGAGAAGAGUUUGGAUGUGCGUUUAGACUCGCCCAGGAGGGGAUCUACACAGUCCAGCCGUACAUUCGCUCCCGGAUGAUCACCGUGAGCGUGGAGGAUGUUAAAGUUUUGCUAACGCAGGAGAAUCCUUAUCUCAGCAAACUACAAGACGAGGCUCACGCUCAGGCCAAGAAGAUCGGAAUGGGCAGCAUCGUGCUCAAGUAUAUUCCGAACCCAAAUAACCCCACAGAGCCGCAGUGUCCUAUCCAGCUGUGCGGCUGGAGAGGAAAAACAUCAAUCCGAGCCUUUGUACCUCGCAACGAGAGACUCCAUUACCUCCGGAUGUUGGGGGUCGAGGUGUUCCGGGACAAGCAGGGUCUGGGGAACAAACACGGUGACGGAGAGAAGGAGGAAAAGGGACAGGAGGAGGAGCCAAAAGACGACAACGGAGAAGAAACGACGGAGGACAAGUGUGAAAAUGGAGACGAGGAGAAAAGCUGAAGGUGUUUAGUGUGAGAGGACGGCGUGGACGAGCGCAGACUGUAUGUAAACGGACGUGGCGAACCUGCUAGACGCUGCGUUUGAAAUAAAGGUGACCGUGGGCGCGUUUCCAGCUCCAAUUCACUUUCUGUUGAAAUACUGUGUCUCCUCUCUCUGUCUCUGCUGCUUCAGACUCGUCGUUUUGGUCUUAAAUGUUCGUAUUAACCCUCUACAUGAUCCUGGGGUUUUUAUUUCUCUAUUUUGUCCAUAAAUCAAGAUAUGAACGUUAAUAACAGACAAAUUAGGCGUCUUUUUCCCCAGAGGUUACUCUCACUCGUGUUUUUCUAAGCGUCCACUCUCUGCUAAAUCAGUGGUGCAGGUGGGAGGGGCGUUACCUUCAACAGCCUCGCUCCUGAUUGGCUCUUUGGUUGCUAUGAUACGGUCGGAAUAACUGCUCUAGCCUCGAUGAGCUUCAUUUGACUGGAGACAAGCGCUGCUCGAUGCUUCUUUACUCUCUCUGGGGGUCGGUGGGAGACGUCGGGCGUUGCUUGUGUCCAGUUGUUCUCAGAUGCAGAUGCGUCUGCCCUGAGUCUGCAGGGCUCUUGAUUUAAACACUCCUGUGGGAGUUUAUUUUGACCAGAGAUCAACUGUUUAGUUGAGGAUCGUCUUGUUUUAUAAAUACAUUUUAAUUUUUAACUUUAGUCCACUGUUUGAGUGGUUUUACUUUCGUUAUGAGCAGGUUUUGAAAGGAUGGAUCUUAAGUCAUGUUUUGUAUUGUGCUUCAUAAAUACAGUUUAUUAAAAUGAAACUCGUCCUGCUUCAUGAGUC